GCGGCCGCGUGCGGAUGGCCAUGCACUAGGCUGGGCUCCCCUAUGCUCCGGGAGAGCGCCGGCCACCGCCUCGGGCCGCCGCCGCCUCUUCCUGCCGCCGCUCGCAGUGUCCGCGUCGGAGCCGGAGCCCGAGCCACAGCCUGCCCCAGGCCCGGGCGUCGAGCAGCCGGCGGCGCGGCCAUGUGGGGCUAGUCCGCCCCGCGCACGCUGCAGCGGACCGGCAACAUGGAGGCAGCUGUCGGCGCGCCCGACGGCGUGGACCAGGGCGGCGCGGGACCGCUGGAGGAUGCGACGCCCAUGGACGCCUAUCUGCGCAAGCUGGGAUUGUAUCGGAAAUUGGUCGCCAAGGACGGGUCGUGCUUGUUCCGGGCUGUGGCCGAGCAGGUAUUACACUCUCAGUCUCGACAUGUGGAAGUUAGAAUGGCUUGUAUUCGCUACCUUCGAGAUAACAGAGAGAAAUUUGAAGCGUUUAUAGAAGGGUCAUUUGAAGAAUAUUUAAAACGUUUGGAAAACCCACAGGAAUGGGUAGGACAAGUGGAGAUAAGCGCCCUCUCUCUUAUGUACAGGAAAGAUUUUGUAAUAUAUCAGGAGCCAAAUGUUUCUCCUUCGCAUGUAACUGAAAAUAAUUUUCCUGAGAAGGUGUUACUGUGCUUUUCGAAUGGAAAUCAUUAUGACAUUGUCUAUCCUAUAACAUACAGAGAUAGUUCUGCUGUGUGUCAGUCUCUCCUUUAUGAAUUGCUGUAUGAGAAGGUAUUUAAAACUGACGUCAGUAAAAUCAUGAUGGGACUAGAAACUUCUGAAGUGGCUGAUGAAAGCAACAGUGAAAUAUCAGAUUCUGAGGAUGACAGUUGCAAGAGUAAAAGCACUGCUGCUACUGAUGUGAAUGGAUUUAAGUCCUCAGGCAGUGAGAACCCUAAGAACCAUGGGAACUCAGCUGACCUUCCUUUGUCCAGAAAGGUUCUUAAGUCCCUCAGCCCAGCAGUCUAUAGAAAUGUGGAGUAUGAAAUUUGGUUGAAGUCUAAGCAAGCUCAACAAAAACGUGAUUAUUCCAUUGCUGCUGGCUUACAAUAUGAAGGAGGAGAGAGAUGCCAUGUUAGAUUGGAUCAUAAUGGGAAGUUAUCUAAUGCAGACAUUCAUGGGGUUCACUCUGAGAAUGGACCGGUUUUGUCUGAAGAACUGGGGAAAAAGCAAACACCGAAGAACCUCAAGCCACCUCCCCCAGAAAGCUGGAACACGGUGUCCGGAAAGAAGAUGAAAAAACCUAAUUCUGGGCAAAAUUUCCAUUCAGAUACGGAUUACAGAGGGCCAAAGAAUCUAAACAAGCCAAUCAAAGCCCCGUCUGCACUACCUCCUCGCCUGCAGCAUCCUCCAGCGGGUGUAAGGCAGCACGCGCUCUCCAGUCAUUCUACGGGGCCCCAGUCUCAGAAAUCCUCCAGUGAGCAUAAGAAUCUAAGUCGGGUGCCAUCACAGAUCACAAGAAAACCUGAUCGUGAAAGAGCUGAGGACUUUGAUCAUGUGAGUCGUGAAUCUUACUAUUUUGGCCUCUCGCCAGAAGAACGCAGAGAGAAGCAAGCUAUUGAAGAGUCUCGGCUACUCUAUGAGAUUCAGAACCGGGAUGAACAGGCUUUUCCGGCUCUUUCUAGUUCAUCAGUCAGUCAGUCACCUCAGAAUAGCAACGCGUGCGUCCCAAGGAAGUCUUCACAUGCGAGGGACAGGAAAGGAAGCAUGCGGAGAGUAGAUGCAGAGGAACGGAAGGACAAAGACUCUCUACGUGGCCAUACUCACAUGGAUAAAAAACCCGAGCCAAGCACACUGGAGAUCAGCGAUGAUAAAUGUACAAGAGUUUCAUCACCAUCUAAGUCAAAGAAAGAGUGCCCAUCUCCUGUAGAACAAAAGCCAGCAGAACAUAUACCUUUGUCAAAUCCAGCCCCCCUCCUAGUCUCUCCAGAAGUUCAUCUCACUCCUGCGGUGCCUUCUUUACCAGCCACUGUGCCAGCCUGGCCAAGUGAACCCACAACUUUCGGACCAACAGGUGUCCCUGCUCAGAUUCCCAUUUUGUCAGUGACACAGACCACUGGACCUGAUGCUGCCGUGUCACAAGCGCAUUUAACACCCUCUCCGGUUCCUGUGUCAAUUCAGGCAGUUAACCAGCCCUUGAUGCCUUUGCCUCAGACAAUGAGCCUCUAUCAAGACCCACUCUAUCCUGGGUUUCCUUGUAGUGAGAAGGGAGAUCGAGCCAUUGCACCACCCUAUUCACUGUGUCAGACCGGCGAGGACCUGCCUAAAGAUAAGAAUAUUCUUCGAUUCUUCUUCAAUCUUGGUGUAAAGGCAUAUAGUUGCCCUAUGUGGGCCCCACACUCUUACCUGUAUCCUCUGCACCAGGCGUACAUGGCAGCCUGCAGGGUGUACCCAAAGGUCCCUGUUCCUGUGUAUCCUCAGAGUACUUGGUUCCAAGAAGCCCCUCCUGCUCAGAGUGAAAGUGACUGCCCCUGUGCUGACGCCCACUACUCUAUGCACCCUGAGGCCAGUGUUAAUGGCCAGAUGCCACAGGCAGAGAUCGGACCACCUGCGUUUUCUUCCCCUCUGGUUAUCCCUCCAUCUCAGGUGUCUGAAGGUCAUGGACAGUUGUCUUACCAACCUGAACUGGAGUCUGAGAGCCCAGGGCAGCUUCUUCACGCUGAGUAUGAAGAGUCACUUAGCGGCAAGAACAUGUACCCACAGCAGUCCUUUGGGCCUAAUCCAUUCUUAGGUCCUGUUCCCAUUGCACCUCCUUUCUUCCCUCAUGUUUGGUAUGGGUAUCCUUUUCAGGGAUUUGUGGAAAAUCCUGUAAUGAGGCAAAAUAUUGUCCUGCCCCCUGAUGAUAAAGGAGAGUUGGAUUUGCCUUUGGAAAAUCUAGAUCUGUCUAAAGAGUGCGAUUCUGUCUCAGCAGUAGACGAGUUCCCAGAAGCCAGAGUUGAAGGCGCACAUUCUCUCUCUGAAGCAAGUGUGAGCAGCAAGCAUGAAGGCCGGGUGGAGCAGUCGUCCCAGACGCGGAAGGCAGACAUAGACUUGUCUUCAGGUUCUUCUGGAGUGGAGGGAAAGGCUCACCCCCCUACUCAGAUUCUAAACCGAGAGAGAGAGGCUGUGUCUGCUGAACCUGAGCCUAAGAGGACCAUUCAAAGUCUGAAAGAAAAACCAGAGAAAGUCAAAGACCCCAAGACUGCUGCCGAUGUGCUCAGCUCUGGGGCCAACUCUGUGGAUAGAUUGCAAAGACCAAAAGAAGAGAGUUCAGAAGAUGAGAACGAAGUGUCUAAUAUUUUGAGAAGUGGCAGAUCCAAGCAGUUUUAUAAUCAAACUUAUGGAAGCAGGAAGUACAAAAGUGAUUGGGGCUCUUCUGGUAGAGGUGGCUAUCAACAUGUGAGAGGCGAGGAGUCCUGGAAAGGGCAGCCUAACAGAAGCCGGGAUGAAGGUUAUCAGUACCAUCGACAUGUUAGAGGACGCCCUUACAGGGGAGAUAGGAGGAGGUCAGGGAUGGGAGAUGGCCACAGGGGACAACACACUUAAUGGCUGGUUGUCGCUCGUACUGUAGAGCUCUAGCCUUUUCUUAGGUGGAAUAUUUCUGAAGGCUUUAAAAUCAUUAUAAUAAAAACCCAAAUUGGAACUAUCUCCUCCCCUCCCCUUUUCCCCUUAAUUUCCUAUUCUGAUGAGACUUUGGACAUAAGUUUAAGGGGCAGAUGAAUUUUUGGCAUUGUGGUUUUUUCUUACUCAGAAUCUGUUUAUUGGGUUACUGCCCCCAUAAGAAGUAAACAUGACUUUUAAGUAUUUUUUUAUAAACAGCUCAAUAUAAAACAUA